AUGGCCCCUAUAAUACCUCCAGGCGAGCGACAGCCUGAUAAGCCUGUCCCUCGUGUGCCCAAAUCGCCAUCUCGAGCUGCACAGAUUCAAGCGCAGAACAGACGGCGAGAAUGUCUCGCUCGUCGUCCAUCCUACUUUGAGAACCUAGAGCACGAGCUCGCUGAUCCUGUAUUGUAUGAGCGGCUGGUGAAGAGGUUUCAGACGCCCUCGGAACGUGAGGCCGAGGGCAAAGCAAAAGGCUAUGGCAGGACCCUCGAGGCCGACUUGCAACGAGGAGAACUCAAACUCUCGCGGCUCAAGGAAGGCGAUGUCGAAGGCGUAGAGAACCCUACUGGUGACCUUGAGCACCCAUGGGAGAAGCCAGCCUCUGACAAGGCUCACGGACUGCUCUUAUGGCAUGCGUUCCUUGAAGAGCGCUUCGUCCAUGGUUUAGACGAGGACUUUGACUAUAAACCCAUCGAUGCGGAUGAGGACCUCGAUACCAUGCUCAGGCGAGACGCUCAAGAUGCAUGGUUCGAUGACGAAGAACCGAGCUGGAUAGACGAGGAAGCAGCAUCAGCACGCUCAACGGCACGUCAAGGUGAAACUGGAGUCCAAGACUUUUAG